AUGUACCGGCGUCUAACAGAGAACCUGACGGAGAACCUGACGGAGAACCUGACGGAGAACCUGACAGAGAACCUGACGGAUAACCUGACAGAGAACCUGACGGAGAACCUGACAGAGAACCUGACGGAUAACCUGACAGAGAACCUGACGGAGAACUUGACAGAGAACCUGACAGAGAACCUGACGGAGAACCUGACGGAGAACCUGACGGAGAACCUGACGGAGAACCUGACAGAGAACCUGACGGAGAACUUGACAGAGAACCUGACAGAGAACCUGACGGAGAACCUGACGGAGAACCUGACGGAGAACCUGACGGAGAACCUGACGGAGAACCUGACGGAUAACCUGACAGAGAACCUGACGGAGAACCUGACAGAGAACCUGACGGAGAACCUGACAGAGAACCUGACGGAUAACCUGACAGAGAACCUGACGGAGAACUUGACAGAGAACCUGACAGAGAACCUGACAGAGAACCUGACAGAGAACCUGACAGAGAACCUGACAGAGAACCUGACAGAGAACCUGACAGAGAACCUGACAGAGAACCUGACAGAGAACCUGACGGAGAACUUGACGGAGAACUUGACAGAGAACCUGACGGAUAACCUGACAGAGAACCUGACGGAGAACUUGACAGAGAACCUGACAGAGAACCUGACAGAGAACCUGACAGAGAACCUGACAGAGAACCUGACGGAGAACUUGACGGAGAACCUGACAGAGAACCUGACGGAGAACCUGACAGAGAACCUGACAGAGAACCUGACAGAGAACCUGACGGAGAACCUGACAGAGAACCUGACGGAGAACCUGACGGAGAACCUGACAGAGAACCUGACAGAGAACCUGACGGAGAACCUGACGGAGAACCUGACGGAGAACCUGACGGAGAACCUACAGCUUUCAUAA